AUAAACAAGAAGUACAUUGACGACUGGGUGAAGAGCUUGGUGAGCCAUUUUGUGUGUUUCCUCCAAGAGAAUUAAUGUCUUGUAUCAGUGGGUCCGUACAGGCUGGGACGAGAGCAAAGGACCCAGGAGCUGGGAAGCUGAUGAGCGUACUCAGCAGCAGCACGCUCCCUAGGCGCACUUCUCUGAGUUUGCGCCGGAUGCGUACAAGGCAUGCAUCGACCUGUGCGGAGGGAUGGAUCGGAUCGACCCUCUGAGGAACAUGCACGGUGACCAGUUUAUCAUCAAUAAUGGAUCGGAAUACUGGGAGAACAACGACUCCGUGCCCCAGAAUGCGAAGGGAUGGCACACGGACAAUGAUUGGUAUCGCCAAUUCCUCGACUCGAGUGAGAACGCGCUCGUCGUCGUCCACUUGUUUACCGAUAUCCCGCCGCGCGGAGGGGGGACGUGCCUGUGCGAAGACGGCAUCGCCGGCGUCCUCAAAGUGCUCUAUGACAAUAAGCAGGGGCUUGACUCGCCGUUUACGCAGCUGACGAUGGCGCAUAUCAAAGACUGCAAGGAGUUUACUUCUGUGUCGGGUAAAGCUGGGGACACGUUUAUUAUGCAUUCCUACCUUCCGCACACGAAUGGGCCCAAUCACCUGCGCACGCCUCGGAUCAUCACGAACCCCCAUGUGACGCUGAAAGAGCCGUUCAACCUUGAUCGCGCGGACCCGUCAGACUACUCUCUUAUCGAGCAGGUAAUCCUCUCCCGCCUGGGACGCGAACGUAUCCCCGAAGCAGAAUACCGAGAUCCCAACUCUCCGCGACUGAAAUACCGAGCCCGUAACUUCCGGCAGCGGGAAGCGAAGCGUGAGGUGGAGAUUGCGCGGCUGGAGGCGGAUGCGCAGGCGAAGGGGCUGGAGGUGGAUUCGAUGUGGGUCAAGGGAGGUGCAGAGCUGAACGCUUUCUUUGUUAGCUUUGGGCUUGAUUUGCCACCUGGACCUAAUCAUGCCGUACAAGAUUGAAAUUAGAGGUGAAAGGCGGAGCCGUUGAUCCGAAGUGUGGUUGAUCCGUUAUGUGAAUCCGAGU